GCGGCAAAGGCGAUGACUGUACCUGCUCAAGCCCGCGAACCCGCGCCGGCAGUCCACAUCGUGACACCACGCGAAACGCACGCGCAUACACUAAUAUACCGGCCAGUUUGACAGUUACAUACCAUGUCGAGCAACGAGGGACCUGCGGUAUGCGCAAGUUGCAAUGCCACCAUCAAUGGAAGGAUUGUAACGGCGCUGAACAAAAAAUGGCACCCCGAGCACUUUCAGUGCCACACGUGCCGCAAGCCGAUCGACGGUGCCAAGUUCCACCAGCACGACGGCGCUGUCCACUGCGUGCCCUGCUUCACGCAGCACCACAGCCCGCGCUGCCACGGCUGCGGUCACCCUAUCACUGACCGUGUGAUCCAAGCCCUGGGUGUCUCGUGGCACGCCAACCACUUCGUGUGCGGCGGCUGCAAGAAGGAGCUCGGAGGUGGCGGUUUCAUGGAGCAGGCCGGACGUCCUUACUGUUCAGAGUGCUACGCUAACAAGUUCGCGGCACGUUGUGCAGGCUGCUCCAACCCCAUCACUGACAAGGCUAUCAUCGCUCUGGACGCCAAGUGGCACCGCGAAUGCUUCACUUGCAACAAAUGCAGGAACCCCGUGACCGACUCCACAUUCUCAGUCAUGGACAACAAGCCCCUCUGCGGCAAAUGCGCUUAAGCGAUCCGGAUCAAGCUGCUUACUGUACUAAUGAUAAGGUUUAUACAGCCCACCAAAUACGUCAGAAUGCUCUUGAAGCCAUAUCCUUUUUUGUAAUUCAAGCACCUACUUUAGGGCUUGUUAAUGUUGAACAAAACCGAUAUACAAUGUGAAAGUACCAGUGCUCGAUAGUGUACAUCAAGGGUUUCCCCAAACUUAUCGACGCGGAAUCAGCUAGCCGACCAAAAAUCGCUAGUUCGUAUCAAAGAGGAUCGAGUAUUAUAGAGAGUUACUGUCGAAGUAAAAUGUGUAAUCACAGUGCAUAGACUGCCAU